CUCUCUGAUCAUAUCAAAACCAGUAUGUCUGCACACAACUAAUUUACACAACAAAAAAAAGAUCAUUCAAAUUGAAAGAAAGGAAGCAGAAAAAGUAGUGUAUGUAUAAUAAAAAUGUCAUCAGCUAUAGAUCCACAUGACAAGAUGAGAGCUAGAGAUGUUAACAAAGUGGCAACAGGACAACAAGCACCUAGGCCAGUUCAUGAACCAGGCACUGUAUCUAAACCUCCUCCUCCUUCCUCUACUGACCACCAGUUUGACACGGAAGAGAAGGCUACAGCUAAUGCCAUUGCUGAUGAGAUCCGCCAUUGUUAUGCUCGUUUCCGCCGCUACCGCAAGUGCAUUGAAGAGAAGGGCAGCAUGGACUCGGAGUGCGAGAAGAUUGGAAAGGCUUACAAAUCAUCUUGUCCUUCAGAAUGGAUAGAGAAGUGGCAUGAAGAGAACGUGGUUAGAAUUCGAUAGUUCUUUUUUCUCAUAGGAGGGGCUUUUGCAGUCGCCUUAAACAAUUUACCAGCUUUCAAAAUGUUAUCUUGAAAGCAUAAAGGAAAGAAAUUGCCAAUGGAGAAAGUCUUGAUUAGCAGUAUUUGCAUUUGUUCUUUGGGGUAAUAAUUUUAUGAAACGAAACCAGAACUAUUACUUUUGUUUUCUAUGUUACUCGGUAGUUCGUAUA